AACCCUUGCAAAACCGAUUGUAUAUAUAGAAGCCUCUCGCUUCUCCAUUCCCAUUCCACUCUCAACUUUCCACUCUUUCUUUAGUCUCAACAUCUCUAAUAUAAUCUCCCUCUUAAACAAAUUUGAAAUUAUUCUCUAGCUUCAUCAAUGGAAGCUGCUCUCAUCAGCUCAGACAUGGCUGCCCUGGAUUUCAUCAAGAACCAUCUUCUCGGCGAGUUCUCCCCCAUGAGCAGAAGCUUUGCUUCUACUGAUGAGCUAAGCUCCUCCUCAUCCUCCACAUCCUCCGAUCUAUCCAGAUCCCAGUCCAGUUCCUUGUCCACUUCUCAAUCUUCCAUCGAAGUCUCUGAUUACUUUGACAAUGAACUCCUCGACUUCACCUCCAACAAUUUAAUCCCUAAUGACUUCUUCGAGUUCGAAACCAAGCCUCAAGAGAUUAACCUCACAAACCCCAAGCCAGCUGAUUUGACCUCCCAAACGUCCUUUGAGUUUGACUCCAAGCCUCAAGUUAACAACUUUAGUUUCUUUGAUCUCCAACCGGAGGUUCAGAUCUUAAACCAAACAGCUCCCAGACAAAUCGCUUCUACCCGGAAACCGGCUCUCACUAUCUCUCUGCCGAAUAAGACCGAGUGGAUCCAGUUCUCGAAUUCCGAGAAGCCUCAGGUGGUCCAGAAGACGGUUCAGAGUGAGCAGAAGAAGAAACACUACCGGGGGGUCCGACAACGACCGUGGGGUAAGUACGCAGCGGAGAUCAGAGACCCUAACCGGAGAGGCUCCCGGGUCUGGCUUGGAACCUUUGACACAGCCAUCGAGGCCGCCAAGGCUUACGACCGGUCGGCGUUUAAACUCCGAGGCUCCAAAGCAAUCCUUAACUUUCCUCUUGAAGCCGGGAAACAUGACCCGCAACGGAGUGAGACAGGGGCCGUGGUUGAGAGAAAACGACGUCGUGAGGAGGAAGUGAAAUCGGAAUCCGUGGUGGUGAAGAAGGAGAAAGUAACGGUGUCGGAUCAGCAGGCCGUGAGUUACAUAAAGGAUAUUCCGUUGACACCGUCCAAUUGGACGGCAGCGUUUUUUGACUCCGAUGAGGAUGUGAAAGGGAUUUUCAAUGUUCCGCCGUUGUCGCCGUUAUCUCCCCAUCCGCCGAUGGGUUUUUCACAGCUUAUGGUCGUAUGAAAGAUUAAAAAAAAAAACUAAUCUCAUAUUCAUCGCCCGAGUUGUCAUAGACUUUUAAAUUCUUUUAAAAGGAAGAAAGUAUUUAUUGUUCUGAUA